AUGGCGAAGGUGGAGCAGGUCCUGAGCCUCGAGCCGCAGCACGAGCUCAAAUUCCGAGGUCCCUUCACCGAUGUUGUCACCACCAACCUGAAGCUUGGCAACCCGACAGAUCGAAAUGUGUGUUUUAAAGUGAAGACCACUGCACCGCGUAGGUACUGCGUGAGGCCCAACAGUGGGAUCAUUGAUGCAGGGGCCUCGAUUAACGUAUCUGUGAUGUUACAGCCUUUCGAUUAUGAUCCCAAUGAGAAAAGUAAACACAAGUUUAUGGUUCAGUCUAUGUUUGCUCCAACUGACACUUCUGAUAUGGAAGCAGUAUGGAAGGAGGCAAAACCGGAAGACCUUAUGGAUUCAAAACUUAGAUGUGUGUUUGAAUUGCCAGCAGAAAAUGAUAAACCACAUGAUGUAGAAAUAAAUAAAAUUAUACCCACAACUGCAUCAAAGACAGAAACACCAACGGUGUCUAAAGCUCUGAGUUCCUCCUUGGAUGACACUGAAGUUAAGAAGGUGAUGGAAGAGUGUAAGAGGCUGCAGAGUGAAGUCCAGAGGCUGCGGGAGGAGAACAAGCAGUUCAAGGAGGAAGACGGACUUCGGAUGAGGAAGACAGUGCAGAGCAACAGCCCCACUCCCGCGUCAGCCGCGGCUGGGAAGGAGGAGGGCCUGAGCACCCGGCUGCUGGCGCUCGUCGUCCUCUUCUUCAUCGUUGGCGUGAUCAUAGGGAAGAUAGCCUUGUAG